UAUAUUUUUCAAUAGUUUUGUUCAAAAUGUUUUGUGUUUCAGCACACGAGGAGAAUACGGCCAGGGGGAGAAAAAGGAGAAGUUUCGCUAUGCCACUACUCUAGUUUUUAUUCAGUGUAUUAUCAAUGGAAUGUUUGCCCGAGUCAUGAUCUGUUUUUUUGAGGGCUCCAGACAAGACCACACACGGAGCUGGCUCUAUGCAUUAUGUGCGCUCUCUUAUCUGGGAGCCAUGGUGUCGAGCAACUCUGCUUUGCAGUAUGUCAACUACCCCACACAGGUUUUGGGAAAAUCGUGUAAACCCAUUCCAGUGAUGAUUCUGGGAGUGACCAUUCUAAGGAAAAAAUACCCUUUGGCAAAGUAUCUGUGUGUACUUCUGAUCGUCGCUGGUGUGGCACUCUUCCUUUACAAACCAAAACAGAGCUCCGCCAUCUCAGAUGAGCACAUUUUUGGCUUUGGCGAGAUGCUGUUGCUUCUCUCGCUGACUUUGGAUGGCCUGACUGGUGUGACUCAGGAUCACAUGAGGGGGCAUUUUCAGACAGGAGCCAAUCACAUGAUGCUGAAUGUCAACCUGUGGUCGACGCUGAUGUUGGGUUUAGCUGUGCUGUGGACGGGUGAAGUGUGGGAGUUUUUGAGCUUUGCUGAUCGAUACCCCAAUAUCAUCUACAACAUUUUGCUGUUUGGCCUCACCAGUGCUUUGGGACAGACCUUCAUCUUUAUGACCGUUGUUCAUUUUGGGCCUCUUACCUGCUCUAUUGUCACAACAACACGGAAGUUUUUCACCAUCCUGGGCUCUGUGCUGCUAUUUGGAAAUGUCAUUACCCCAUUACAGUGGUUUGGAACUAUACUGGUAUUUAUGGGUCUGGGCCUGGAUGCAAAGUUUGGAAAAGGGCCGAAGAAGACAACACAUUAAGCAUUCAAGAAUUAAAUAAAAUAUUUGUGCACUUACAUGCACAAGUAUAUGUUCCAUUGUGUGUGCGCACCACUUUAAUGGACAGAGAAUUAUGAAUUAUGAAUAAAUUAUGACUUUUUAUUUACGCCCUCAUAAAUUUUAAUGCAGUGACCACACCUUUACCUUUACUAAAACUGAAUACUAAGUAAAAGAGGUUUUAAACUAGACUACCCUGGAUAGCCCAGAGCCAGAGACUGAUGAUUUUUACCUAAACUGGAUGAAUGUCUUAUUAUGGACAUCUACCUGGACAUCAGAAAUGAUAUUAAAAAUAAUACAUACACAGCUAACUUAGUAUUAUGAAAACAUAAUAAACAACAUGAAUUACAUUUGAAAUUCUUGUUUAAAACCAUGCACAUGAAUAUGGAGUUAGUUCCUCUUUUAAAUCUGCAACAACUAGCCUUCACUACAUUCUGGAAAUGCUUUAAACAGGAUACUGUAACAAUACAGGAGUUCAGGGCUUGUGCAUGCAAGUCAAGUUCUUUCAUACCAAACUUAGCAAAGCAUUUCUUUAGGGACCUCACUUUGUGCACAGAGCCAUUGUCAUGCUAUAACAGAAAUGGGCCUAAACUGAUGCCAAGAUGUAGAAAGCACACAGUUCUCCUUAAUGCAAUUGCAUGCUGUCAUACCAGCAUUUCUCUUUAAACUAAAACCAUGAAAAAAUAGCUUUACUACCUUUAUUUAUUUUCUAUUAUCAUUGCAGAUUGUGCAUAAGUAGCCUCAUGUAGUGUUUACCUGGAAACUACAACACCCAGAAUCACCUAUUAGUCAAUUAAAUGGCGAUUUGGGAUUUUAAUGAUGUUAUGCUUUACACCUGCUAGGCAUUGGACAUGAUCUUCAGGUUGUGUGAACUGCUCUGCCAUUGAAACAUAUUUAAAGUUCUGAGCAAAUUGUUUCUGUAAUGAUGGUGCUUUCAGAGAAAGUUUUAGAUCUGAGAAGUGAUGUUUCAAGUCACUGGGCUCUCUAGUAAAACUCAUUCUUUUGCCAGCAAUUGUUUAUAACAGUUGUUUCUCAACCUUUUUUGUGGCUAGGUUAAAAAGCAAUAGUGGCCAAAAGAAUUGCAAGUCACGGCAACAUAUACAGACCACAGGUUGAGAAUCAUUGCCCAAAGGGUUACCUUGAUGGAUGGACGCUGUUUUUUUUAAGUUGGUGGUUAGUGGAGCUAAAAUAGUGAAAUUCACCAGUUAGAUAGGCAAUGUUUACUUUUGGCCAUGUAGUUUACAGUGCUGUGGAAAACGUACUGCUUUCUGAUUUCUAAUUUUAUUGCAUACAUUUAAACAAAAUUGUAUAAGAUACUUAAUAUGGUUUGCUGGAAUCCCCAAGCCCCAGAAAUAACUUUUUAUCCAUUCAGGCUGUUUGUCUCUGUUUUUCAAAUUUUUUUUCCCCUUUUGUCUGCUCCCGUAUUUAGUAGUUGCUUCCUGGAUCAUUCUGGUCACAUACAUGAUCUGGCACGGUUUUUAUGCCGGAUGUUCCUCCUGACACAACCGUCCUUAUUUUUAACUGGGCUUGUGGCAGUUAUUGAGAGCGCACUGAUAAGUACACCUCCCACUGGCUAGGCUGUUUGGCCCCAACCUCAGACAUAGCCAAUCAUGUCUGUGUAGACACUAUACUGGCUGAUAAUUGGCUAGCAUGUUUACAGCUGCGGCACCUGAGCGCUGCAUAAUGUGCUAAUUUCCACACAGUGGCAGUUGGUGUUUGGUAACUUUUUACUUUCAUUAAAUAAAAUGCUUAUUUAAAAACUAUACUUGUUUAUGUUUACUCCAUUUGUCUUUGUUUUAUAUUACAUUUUGUUUAAAUAACAGAGACAGCACAAACUGUUCUACUUAACUGUUUAAGUGUGAGAGGAUUUUAGGAUGUAUGCAUGUCUGUUACACACUGCAUUGGAGACCUAUGUGUUAAAAGUUUCAUGUAAGACAUGAUAGUUUUGACAUAAAUGAUCAACUCCAGUUGGGACUGUCAAGGCAAUAAAUUGAAAGAGAAACACAGUCAGGCUGUUUUUGCAGUCAGGCUAUAUGUGACUAUUGCUCAAAUUUGUAGACAAAGCCAUGUUGUCUUUCUGUCCAGAAAGAGAUAAACCUAGGUCAUUAAACAAAAUUUGGAUGUAAGUAAAUACAA